AAAUAAUAUGACAACGUUAAAAAAAUUCCACCUACAAAUAUCAAGACUAGAACUUUACCCGAAAGACUCGGAAGUUGUUGAUCAAUUACUCCAUGAAAUGGCAACAAAACCAAUAGUUCACGUUGCCCAAAAAGAGGGUGGUACGCAGCUAAAAUUAGUGAUUGAUUAUCCAGAUGACUUACAAGCGCUGUUCAAACCAAUGAGAUUUCCGAGGGAACAGCAAACAUUGCCGAACCAUUUUUAUUUUACAGAUUUCGAGAGGCAUGUGGCUGAAAUAGCAACAUUUCAUUUGGACAAGCUUCUGGGGUUCAGAAGAGCGAUGCCGGUCACAGGAAGAACAUUGAAUAUGACGUCGGAGAUUUAUCAGCUGGCGGAGGGUAAUUUACUGAAGACAUUUUUCGUAAGCCCGGUCGGCAACACUUGUUUCCACGGGCAAUGCAGCUACUAUUGUGACACUGGGCACGCGAUUUGCGGGAAUCCAAACACCCUGGAGGGGAGCUUCGCCGCGUUUCUGCCGGCCAGAGAAAUGGCGAGUCGCAAAGUUUGGAGGCAUCCUUGGAGGCGAAGUUAUCACAAGCGUAAAAAAGCGCAGUGGGAAACUGAUUCAAAUUACUGUUCAUUGGUGAAAGAAAUACCGCCUUACGACGAAGGUCGUCGCCUUCUUGACCUGAUGGAUAUGUCGGUCCUGGACUUUUUGUCUGGCAAUAUGGAUCGUCAUCAUUACGAGACAUUCAAGAUAUUCGGUAAUGACACCUUCACACUGCAUCUAGACCAUGGCCGUGGUUUCGGGCGGCCUUAUCACGACGAAACGUCAAUACUCGCUCCGCUGCUCCAGUGCUGUAUGAUAAGACAGAGCACUCUGAAAGUACUGCUCAAAUACCACAACAGCCCGCAACGUCUAAGCGCGGCGAUGCGUCAGAGCAUGGCGAAGGAUCCUGUGGCGCCUGUCCUGUGGGAGCCUCACCUGAGUGCACUUGACAGACGGAUAGGUCUCAUCCUCCAAGCGGUAAGAGAUUGCCUAAAUCGGAGCGAGCACUACGAACAAGUCAUCCAAGAACGUGACGAAUCUAAUAAACAA